UUAAUGCUGUAACUAUCAGAAAAGUAGAUAAAUGGUUGGAUAACCUGUAUCUCCAGCGUAGAAAAAUUUUUAAUAGCAUUCUUUUGACGUAUUUCUUUUUAUAUUUCCAUCGAGUCAAAAUGUUUAUAAAAGCAUUUAAAGUAAAGUCCAACAAUCAAUUGAAAGGGACAGAAAGGAAAAAAUUAUGUGAGGAAAUUUUAGCAGCGUAUCCAACGCUGACGGAUGACGAAACACAGUCAUUGAUUCCCAAGAAAGAAGCGAUAAGUGUUAUGAAAAUUAUGACUCAUAGUGGUCAUUCAGGAAAAGUGUAUUGUGUCGCUAAAGUACCCAUGUUUUUCCAACUUGAGUCCUUACAUCAGGCAUUGUUACCUACCAUAUUCACUUUAUGGCACUAUCCGAACUUAUUAAGGACUUUUACAACAUAUGCUCCAGUUAUAUCAAAAUUAGCUAGUGGUGCAGACUUGAUGUUGCCUGGAGUCAUUGUCAAAGAGCCUAUAACAUUGUAUUCUUUUGGCAAAUUACAGAAGGGUACACCUGUUUCAAUAAAUACAGAUGAUAAUCAGGCACCAGUUGCUGUUGGCUUUACUGCUCUCUGCAGUGAAAACAUGUACAUGUCUGGAGGACAUGGAAAAUGCGUAGAAAUUGUACAUGUUACAGGUGAUACACUUUGUCAAUUAGGAAAGCCUCCUGUAAGACCAAAUUUAGGACCACCAAAUGUUGAUACAGAUAAUGAUAAAUUAAAAAAUCUAAAUGAUAUAACUGAGCAGAAUAAUGAUAAUAAUGAAGAAUCGCUUAUUGAAACAAUUAAUGAUCUAGAAAUAAAUAACGAUAUAGUAUCAGAAAUUGAAUCUCCAUACGAGGAAGAAAAUAAAAUAGAAGAAUCUGUUGAGAUGGCUGCUGAUCGAGCAAUUGAAAAAGCAGCUGUAGAUCCAAUAAAAGAAAUGGAUAGUUUGUUAGAAUACUGCUUUUUAAAAGUUUGCAAAACUUCAAUAAAGUCUAGUGAUUUACCAAUGUUGACAUCCAAUUUUUUUAAAAAUCAUUUAAUAGCUGCGUGUCCACCGGAUAAAAACAUAGAUAUAAAAAAAUCUCGGUAUAAAAAAUUAUCAUUGUUUUUAGCAGAAAUGAAAGCAAAAGAUGUUGUUAAUACCUCAAUAACAAAAGGUGUUGAAAGUAUAUUAUCAAUUAAGUUUGAUCAUCCUCUCAUAAAAGGACUAAUUAUUGCUGAGGAACCAACACCAAUUCAGGAACCAAUUAUUUCUAAUGCGGCAGUUGUCUCUGAAUGUUAUAAAGUAACAGCCGAUGUUUUACCAGUAUUAUCGAAAUUCGGAUAUGAAGCAGAAGUCGACAACUGUUACAUCAUAUACCAUUAUGCUGUAUUAUAUAAUACGAAUUAUAUACAUUUUACUCCCAUACAAUGAUUGCAGAAAAGGGGACAUUAUGAAAAGAGCUGAAAUCAGAAAAUGUUUUACUGAAUACAUGAAAGCAGAGAAUCUUCAAGACGGAAAGAUACUGAAAUUAAACCCGCAACUCGCAGGUAUUAUGAAAACCAAAGCAAAUGUGAAAACUGUAUCGAUAGAAGAUGGGAUAAACAAGUUUAUUGGACGCAUGACGCAUAUGCACGAAGUUACUUUAGCAGGAAACAAACUAUUACACACAGGCAAAUUGGAACCUAUCGAUAUGAGAGUCACCGUUCGAUCCGGUGGUAAAAAGAUUACACUAGUAAACAAUUUAGAAACAUUUGGUAUAAAUGCUAAAGAGUUCAGCAAGGAAUGUCAGAGCAUCGGAGCGAGUGCAACGAUUACAGAUGAACCAGGAAAAAAAACUCCAAGCGUUUUAGUUCAAGGAAAUCAGAUUUUGUACAUAUACAAAUUACUUACGGAAAAAUAUCAAAUUAAAAAGAAUUACAUAAGGGGAUUAGAAUUCGCUCCAAAGAAGCAAGGUUCUCAUAAAAAAUAGGCAGUCUUUAAAAAGUUACCAUAUAACAUACGUAGCAUUAUGUGAAAUUUUAUGUCGACAUACAUCAAUUUCUAUUUUAUUUUCAAUUCCAAUACUUCCUUGUGCCAGGAUUAAAUUUUUAUCAUUUAAGGAUCUCUUUACUAUUCAAAAGACUGUAUGAUAGCUUUCAUGACAUAAUGAGAUUACAAAAUUAAUAAUGCACGACAGUAUCAAUAUCUGAAUAACUAUAUUAAAGAACGUAGAAUACAUCUGAUUUUAGAUAUUACUAAAUUAAUCCGUAUCAAUUAAUCCCAUCAUACUUGAUAUUCUAAUUUAGGAUUUCCUUAUAACAUAGAGAAUACUAUAAUUCCAAAUAUAUACUGCUCAGUAUAUAUUUUUCUUUUUAGAAAUAUCUUUCAUUAAUAUGUAUAUAUCUUUUAGUAGUAAAUAUCUUUCAUUAAAUGCUACACUAAUUUAUUAAUAGUGAAUAUUAAAUACACAAAAACACCUCAUGAAUUGUACUUUGACUUGUGAAUAAACGAAUU